AACGUUAGGGUUAUAUUCGCCAAGUCCAGUGAAAUAUUUGUGGUCUACAGGCAGCAAAUGCCUUUUGAGAGAAGCAAUUAUCAACUCAUCGACAGUGUUGUGCAAAAAGACUAACUAAACAAAAAGUACAAGGUGAACAUUUCGCUAACCGUCCGCCAAAAUCAACGUUUUGUUGGGAUUUAUACGCUGGACGACGCCGAGAAGCUUACUCUCAGAUUUGCUCCUGCUUUUCUCAUUGUGGAGAGGUGGUGGUGGAACAACAACAGUAGCAGACAGAGCUUGUACAACCCUGAGGGCAUAAAUCACCAUGCUGCAGACUGCAGCAGUGACUGGCUGACUACUAAUUGGCCAUGCUGACAUCUGAUCACAGGGCUGAUGUCUGAGCUGCUACCUGAUCAUCUUUAAUUAUCUGUAUCCAGGUUGGGUGGAGACUCACAAAGAGGCAAUAGUCCCAAGUACUGCAACACAAACCAUAACAGUGAGAAUUUCUGGUAAAAUCAGAAGGUGAUCUUUGUAGGAGGGGAAAAUAUUCAACUGAAGAAGACAGGCACUCAAUGUGAAAAAACAUCCAAAUGAUUUUAUUCAGCUGAGAGUACUAUUUCAAAGCUGACUCUAGUGUACUACCUCAUCACAGAGCUCAGACCUCCACCCGGAUGAGUGUGAUAAGACUCGGCAGACUUCUUACUGAGGUCAGGAAACAUCUUCUCUGGACCACCUACAGCAUGGUACAAUAAUGUUAUCCCUUGUACAAUAUAAGCCAUGUAAUGGAACAUAAAACCACUGUUAUCUGUAGAGGAAGGUCCACCCUUUCCUGUUCUGCAGUCUGAACAAACAAAAAGUUUUUUUAGCAAACUACAAGAGGGAUCACAUCUCAUAGAUUUUCCAAAUGUUAUUUAUAUUAAGGAUCCCUCAGAGACCUGGACCCUGGUUUUAUGUGAAUCUAAUGAGAUUUUUUUCUCUGAAUAUGAUUUGAUGUAGGUGUGGAGACUGAAAUUACACUGAAACUGAUCAAAUUAGUAAUCUCUAUUACAGUUUCAAAUGAAUGAGAUGAUUGUAAAGUGUAUUAACUGCUUCUCAUUUUCUCGGAUCCUCCCCCUCCAGAGAGACUUCGCCGACCAAACCGGUUCUUUGAUUAAAGUUGUAAAGUAUAAACCUGUAAGAACACGACUUUCGACGACUGGUGAAGCAUAGAGCCCACUCUCUCCGAGUGUGUGAGUGUGUGUGUGAGUGGCAAGCCCGGCAGCAGCACGGCCGCCCACUCACAGACAAGCUGGGUGAAUCUUAAUUGUGUAAUGUUCAUUGACGAGUCAGCACAAUGCUGCUGAGACCGCGGAGGCGCACCGAACCGAGCAGAGCGAUGAAAUGCUCCCGUCGAGGAGAACACAGAUGGACAGCUUAGUACAACCGCUCGUAGCCCAGUACCUCGCCAUGGGAUGUCAAUCAAAAGAAAACAGCCAAAACGAAAGUGUAUCGUCGGAAGAGAAAGGAAAGGACGAUGCUAGAGCGACUCCAAGAUGUGGCUCCAGGGCUAGGCUUUCUCCUCCGGGCCGUCCUCACAGGUUCCACAAACAGGGCCCGGCCCAUACUUACCACACUGGUAAAUCGAUGAUGUCCCUGGGACACCUCACCAAGGGGGCGAGCUGGGAGGAGCUCAUCCAGGCCUGCCUGCAGUCCUUCGACUCGGACGGUUGUUUAUGUGGGAGUGGCCACUUGCUGAACAUCACCCUGACCAUGCACCGUCUCCUCGUCUCCUCCAGUGAUCUGCUGGACAAACUGGUCACUCUAUUCAAAACAGCGCUGGACAAUGAGCAGCCAACAGAGUGCCAGAGGAUAUGUUACCUCAUCAGGCACUGGAUCCAGGAAUUCUGGAUGAUGUUCCGGUUGGACCGCAGCUUGUCAGACAGCCUGGACCAGUUCCGGGAGCUGAUCAGAGAGCAGGGACAGGAGCGUCUUUGCUCAUUCCUAGAGACCAAAUGGAUAAAUGAACGGGACUGGUCGUGGAAGGCCAGCCAGAAGAUCAAAGCUAACAGCAGCAAAAAGAGGAAGGUCUCUCUUCUUUUUGAUCACCUGGAGCCCAUCGAGUUGGCCGAGCAUCUCACCUACCUGGAGUUUAAAUCUUUUUGCAGGAUAUCAUUUGUAGACUAUCAGAAUUACAUUCGCAACUGCUGCAUGAAGGACAUCCCCGUGAUGGAGCGUUCCAUUGCCCUGUGUAAUGGUAUCUCCCAGUGGGUUCAGCUGAUGGUGCUGAGCCGGCCGACUGCUCAGCUGAGAGCGGAGGUUUUCACCAAGUUUAUCCACGUGGCACAGAGUCUACAUCUUAUGCACAACUACAACACACUAAUGGCAGUGGUAGGAGGCCUUUGUCACAGCUCCAUCUCCAGACUGAAAGACACCACCUCACAUGUGCCUAGUGAGGUCACCAAGGUACUGAACGAGAUGACAGACCUGCUGUCCUCAUGCAGAAACUACGACAACUAUAGACAAGCUUACAACAGGUGUACAGGUUUUAAAAUCCCUAUCCUGGGCGUCCACCUCAAAGACCUGAUUUCAGUCAAUGAGGCCAUGUCGGACUAUGUGGAGGACAACAAGGUCAACGUCCAGAAGCUGCAGGCACUCUACACCCACAUUAACGAGCUGAUCCAGCUCCAGCAGAUCCCACCCAGGCUGGACGCCAACAAGGACCUGGUUCAUCUGUUGACGCUGUCCUUGGACCUUUACUACACUGAGGAUGAGAUCUAUGAACUGUCUUAUGCCAGGGAACCCAAGAACUGUAAAGCACCUCCAGCCACCCCCUCUAGACCUCCAGUGGUUGUGGACUGGGCAUCAGGAGUGGCACCCAAACCUGACCCCCGAACCAUCAGUAAACAUGUGCAGAGAAUGGUGGAUUCCGUGUUUAAGAACUACGAUCACGACGAGAACGGCUUCAUUUCUCAAGAGGACUUUGAGAAAAUUGCUGCUAGCUUUCCUUUUUCCUUCUGUGUCAUGGACAAAGAGAAGGAAGGCCUUGUCAGCAGAGAGGAGAUCACAGCCUAUUUCAUGCGGGCCAGUGUCAUCUGUUCCAAACUGGGGCUCGGGUUUGUCCACAACUUCCAGGAGACCACUUACAUGAAACCCACCUUCUGUGACAACUGCUCAGGAUUUUUGUGGGGCGUCAUCAAGCAAGGCUACAGAUGCAAAGACUGUGGGAUGAACUGCCACAAGCUGUGCAAGGACCAGGUGGCGUUUGAAUGCAAGAAGAACACCAAAGUGGCCACUGAUAGUCCGACACCAAGCUCCACACCUGUCACCAUGGGCACCUCAGAGGGUUUGGAAGAAUGUCCUUUCCCCUACCCGCCAGAUGACAGCAAAGACUGGAGCCCAGACUCCCCAGUCACCUCCCGUCUGAGGCCCCAGCGGGUCCAUAGUGGCACCCAGACAGAGGGACCCCACUUAUCCUCUGCAGCCCUGGAGGCUGGUCGCCUUCAGCCCUCUCUGUUAGUCCCAACGACACCCACCCUCACCUCGUGUCCCAGCCCGGUGCCCCAGAGAAAACAACGGCACUGCGCCAAGUGGGAAAACAGAGCUUCUGUUGUGCAAAAGCCUAAAGAACCCGAGGAGGAGAGCAAACCCUCCUAUGAAUCCCUGGAAUCAGACAACCAGAGGCUGCAGAGAGCCAAUGAGACACUACGUAGGAAGCUGAGGGAGACAGAGCGGGAGGUGGAAAUACUAAAGACGCUGCUGAAGAGGCACGCUCUCCACCCCGUGGAGGAGGACUCCUCGUCCUAGACUUGUACAUACAGUAUACUGAGCCCUCUCCAGGGAGACUGCUGCUGCCCCCGUACGGCAGCAUGCUUUAAUCUGGAUCCAAUAUUUAAAUUAUUGGUCAUGAACAGUGCAAGUAAUUUAUCAGUAUGAUGAAACCCAGGCAACUUGGCAUCACAUGGUAUAAAGUGGGAUACAAUGCACACAGCCAGUUGAGGUGUUUUGAUGCUGUAAUGGUACACAGCCAAACACAUACCAGUAUGACACCAAUAUGAGGUUAACGAAAGAAGCUACUGUACCCAGCGCAGUGAAUACAGCUUAUCAAAUUGAUAUUAACAUAAAAAACAUCAACAUUACUUCUCAGUAUGAAGAUGCUGAAUAGGCUGUAGUGUUAUAUUUAAAGAAGUGAGCAGAUGGAGCCUCUUUACUGUAUUGUGCAGUUUAACAGAAGGAUGAAAAACAUUGCAAUUAGCAUUACUCACUUAUUUUGGUGAACCCUUAGGAGCAGUUGCAGCUGGAAUGAAGUCUGCUGUUUUAAAAAAACCACUGAAUGAAGGAGUGCAGUAUUUUAGAGAACAAUCUAGUAGAACGUGUUUGAUCAAUUCUUGAUCAAUUAAUGGCCUUAGAUAUUUAUGUUAAACAUAAAAUGGAAGUCCAGGUGCUGCAGCAAAGUGUAUGCAGCUUAAUAUUUUUCAGAUACAGGAAGUUUGUGGCGUAUGUUAUCAUUAUUAUUAUUAUUAGUAGUAAUAAGAAAAGCCCACUGAUUAUAGCAGCAGAAUGAAAGGUCAGAUGUACUGAACUGUUGUCGCUCUGUAUCAUUGUCCCUCUUCAUAUCAAUGCACAAGAUGUCCUCAGUGCGUCUGUUACUAUUUAUUGUCUGAAACACUACACAGCUGAUAUAAAGAGUGAGAUAAAUGAACAUUUUGUACAG